AUGCAGAUCCUGUCCUUGCGCGUGUCGGGCCGUGGCUUGCUGGGCUUGCUCGCUGGGCACCGGGCUCGCUUCGGGUUGGCCGGCUGGUUGGUCUGCCGCCGCGCUGGUUGCGUUGUGCUAGUGCCCCCGCCGUCCCGUGCUCCGCUGCCGGCCGCUGCCGGCCUUGCUGGGCAGUUCCCGUGCCGGCCGAGCAAGGAGCGGCCUGCUGCGAGGGGGCGGGGCGGUCCGCGUGGGUCGUCCGGGGAGGAAGACGGGCCCGGUGACGGUGGUGGCGAGCAGGAGAAUGAGAAGCACGCAGGACGGGCGAGGGCGACGCAGAGCAUCACGGCCCAUACUGGGUGGCAUGCGGGCGGCGUGUCGGCUGUCUGGGUUGCUCGUGGUGGGGAGCGGUGUGGCGACGGCCGUGUCCGCAUGAAAUCCAGAUGCAUAUUUGCCCUCGCGUGGCCGGGAUCGUCGGCCGCGGUCCCAUGA